GGAGAGAUCACAGAUCCCGGAUCCCGGAAGUGAAUGCUCUGUUAGCUAUGUAGCCGUUUAUACACCAUCACUUAUCGACAGAUAUGUUUAAUGUUAUCACUUGGGUACGUCGUGAAACUAAUAUGGGACCGAUGUCAAACGACACGGUGCUGAGAAAUAGAAAGAAGAGAGCUGAAAACGCCCCGGGACCCCAGGUUUGACCUCAAGUGGGUGCAGUUUAUCACACCAUGUUGGUGACAGCAUAUCUUGCCAUCAUUUUCCUGCUUGCCCUGUGUGUUGUCCUGGAGCUCGCAGCACGCCGUCUCACCCCACCUCAGUCUACUCCCACUGCCACAGCCAACCCAGUUUUCCGUCGCUUCCAGAGUAUAUUCCUCCGGGCAUACCUGUUGGCUUUGUGGGCAGACUGGCUCCAGGGUCCUUACCUCUACAAACUGUACCGCCACUACAGCUUCCUGGAAUCUCAAAUAGCCAUCUUAUAUGUGUGUGGCCUGGCCUCUUGUGUUCUGUUUGCUCCUUUUUCAGGAUGGCUCCCUCAAGUCUUGGGCCGCAGACAGACAUGUCUUCUCUUCUGCCUGUCCUACUCUGCUUGUUGUCUCACCAAGCUGUCCACAGACUACUUUGUUUUGAUUGUGGGUCGGAUCCUGGGGGGUCUGUCCACAUCCCUUCUCACCACCACAUUUGAAGCCUGGUACGUACACCGUCAUGUAGAUGUCCAUGAUUUUCCCAAGGAGUGGAUCCCAAGUACGUUCACCAAAGUUGCUACCUGGAAUCAUGGGCUCGCCGUGGGAGCAGGGCUGGUUGCUAACUUGCUGGCUGAAUGGCUCCACCUAGGACCAGUGGCCCCCUUUCUUCUGGCGGUCCCCUGCUUGAUGGGCUGUGGCUGGGUGGUACUAACAGACUGGGGCAAGGAAGAGGCUGAAGAAUGCCACGAGGGAGACAAACAUAAACUUAUUCUAGGUGCUCCAAAUGGAGGUGUGACCCGUUUGUCUGCGAGGGCCCGUUUCUCACGCAGCUGCCAUGAUGGGUUGCGCUGCCUUUUGUCAGACAAGAGAGUCAUGCUCCUAGGUGGAGUGCAAGCUCUGUUUGAAAGUGUCCUCUACAUUUUUGUUUUCCUGUGGACCCCGGUACUGGACCCUCAUGGGCCUCCUUUGGGAAUAGUGUUUUCUUGUCUGAUGGCUGCCAGUAUGGCCGGCUCCUUGCUCUACCGCCUAGCCACCUCCACACGCUACCGUCUACAGCCUGGCCAUGUUCUCUGCCUGGCUGUGCUGAUGGCCUUUUUCUCCCUUUUCAUGCUGACCUUUUCAACUACCCCAGGCCAACCUAGACCUCGUGAGUCCUUCCUGGCCUUCCUGCUGCUGGAGCUGGCCUGUGGGCUCUACUUCCCUGCAGUCAGCUUUCUCCAGGGCAGGGUGAUCCCAGAGGAAAAGCGCGCUGGGGUGCUGGCCUGGUUCCGGCUGCCUCUGCACCUGCUGGCCUGCCUGGGGCUGCUGGCGCUUCAUGGGGAGAUAUCAGGAACAGGUGCAGGGGAGGAGGGCAGCGGCACCAGACACAUGUUUGGAGGCUGUGCAGUUAUGAUGCUGGCAGCUUUGAUGGCUGUAGUCAGUCUGUUCACUCUGGGCAGAAACGACACAGACCUGAGACUGGAAGGAACCAGAGGGGAGGGGGAGAUGUUUUGAAUAGAAGGACCACAUUACACUCAUCUAUGCUUUACUGUUUUCAAAUGUAAUGUGCCAGUAGAGACCUCAUGUGUUCCACUGGAAUAGUCAUAAGUCUAUAUUUUGCCAUAUGUAUCAGUGAAGGAAAUUAAAGUCCAAAGGGGGUGUUUUGGGAGAUUAAAAUUCAAUUGAAUUUUCAUUUUUUACAUAUUGCCUUGUUACUUUUUUGUUUUUCCUGUCCGUUGGAACAUGGCCAUAUCGACCUUCAUUUGUUAAGCAAACUGCUGAAGUGUCCAAAACUCCUGCAUCAUUCCAUGAUGUAUUCCAGAUAACAUUGUGUCCACAGAUGUGUUUGACAGCAUAUAAUUGUUUUCAUCUGUCUGUAUCCCCAUGAGCGUCAGAAAUAUAGUAGCUCCAUCAUAUGUUUAAAAACAGACGUAAAAAUAGUUCACAGAGAGCUCAAUGAAUAUCCAAAGAUAACUAGCGUGUAGACCAGAAUCUGAAUGUCAGUUCUUACAAUACUUCUGUAUUUUCUUUUCCAGUGUCUGUGUUAUUUUUUAAAUUUAAACAAGAAAUAAGUUGAUAAGUUUGACUUUGAAUGCUUUUUCUGCACCAUCUACAGUACAGGAUUUUUUUCUGUAUUUUUAACACAUCUGUGCUCUUUACACUU